CAGAGUCUUAAUUGUACUGCUUUCAAAGCUACCAGCGAUAGCGAUACGACAAGAGUUUUCUCGGGGACCCUUAACCGGAAGUCUAAAAAGUCACUAUUGGACGGAGCCUGACCUUUCCCCGGGUAGCUACAGUGCGAGCUAGCGGUACGGGAGUAUUAGCUAGGGGACACGACGUCUCCCGCCAAAGGGUUCUAUUGAGGAGGUCUGGACCGGAAGCCAGGAGAUGCGAUCCUAGGCGGGAAUCGUUUUAAGAUAAACAGUAGAAAAUUAACCAGGGAAAACUACCGCCGGCGGCCCUCAAGAGACUCACUCCACGCUAAAGCACAAGAAGAACAAUACAAGUACUAACGCCGUCUUGACUUUCAAAGAGAAGCAGCUCAGCCACGCCCGGAAGUCAGCUUUGAGCAGAGAGCUAGAGGGACGCAGGGUAUACCCAUGAAACGUGUGCUUUUUGUACGGUUCUCUUCCCGCUGAUUCUUCGCCUGCUUGAGGUCCUCUGCCCCGCACACGCACGCAUUCUGCCAGAGACGCUCCCUGCGUACACCGAAGCUAGCUGCGCUCGUCACCAUGGAGACAAGCCCCGAUCUGCUGUCUUUGCCUGACGACGCGCUGCUGGCCGUGCUGGCCUUCCUGCCCGCCAGGACGCUCUUCGCCUGCCGCGUGGCGUGCCGCCGCCUCAGGGACCUCUGCCUGCACCGCCACCUGUGGCGCUCCGUCUGCGUGGAGAGCCUGGGAGUGCUGCGCGCCGCGACGGCAGCCCUCAUCCCAUGCAUCGGCAGACUCAAGGUGCCCCUGCGACCCGCGGCCUUCCUCCUGGCGGACAUUGCGUGCGUCGUCCGUGCGCUUGAGCUGACUGUGCGGAUCGGGGGAGAUGCAAUCCUGGCCCACAGUUUGAUCCGAAGGCUCUCCGCGGUCGGCGGCGUCACGGAGCUCGUCCUGCUCAUCAAGUGCAGGCGCCCCAACGCGCUGCAGCCGCUGCUGAGUGCGGCCUUUGAAAUGCGUGGUCUGCUCACCCUCGACGUGACCAACAACUCGCGCAGGCCGCUGCCCAGCGACUGGUGCGAGGCCGACGGGGUGCCCUCGCUGACCAGGCUUCGCUACGACUCGCCCUCGGCCGACCCUUUCCUGGAACUGCUGCUGCGGACACACGCCGCUACACUGCAACACGUGGAGCUACACCGACUGGAGGACGUCCCCGCGUCGCUCCUCGCUCAGGCUCUCCAGCUUCGCUCCUUGAAGUGUUUGCCGUGUGAAGGCUUGUGGAGGCUGGUGGCCUUGCCCGGCCUUGCCCACAUCGACCUACCGUGAAGGAGGCAGUGACGACCAGGAGGGCGCUGCGUCCCCCCC